AUGGCUCUCGCUCAAGAAGUCCCUCAGGAUUGCAAGUAUCUUCUUCCUCAAUCUCUUGCUCAGCUUCAGCCCCGCCUAGUCUACGUCCCGGAACCUACCUCAGCGGAUCAAUUUCGCGACUUCCCUGACUAUACUGGAAUGCCGGAUUCAAUGAUGGCAAGUCACUAUGUGCAGACCCAGCCGUAUGCACUGCAGAGGGUCGAGCAGGAGGACACCAAGUCGACAGGCGCAGCACCUUCCACGCCGAGCUCCAACAACCUCGCGUACUCAUCUGGCCAGCACUGGAGCGGAGUCCCUACACCCCCGUUCGACUGGCACCAUGCUAUCCAACAGACGCAGCCUUACGUCGUACCAAUUUCGGACCGGCAAUUCCACCGGAAUCAGGUCCUGACAUACAACCCUACGCCCAUCACACAGAACAGUAUCGCGAAGAGCUUUAGCGACCCAAUACCCUGGCCGUCCUCGGAACUCCAUGGGCUGCCUCGUGGGAUGACCGCCAACAGCUCUGUCCUGGACAAGAGCAUAUCACUGUCGCCAAAGAGUUACCGCAGCGAUGACUUCGAGAACACGUACAGUCCAGGGUCUGUGCUAGACCAAUCUUCGCCAUGCGGAAAUUGGAGCGUACCUUCAGCGACUACCACCAACGCCGCCAUCCUUUCACCUCCCUGCAGGUCUUUCCUUGUACACGACGGAGAUGGCGACACUGGAUACUCAGGACUCCCGAGAAUGGACGAGGACACGGCCAAGGUCACAGCACCAUGCGGCUAUCCUAGUCGAAGGGACCAAAGACCGAUUGCCUCUUUCGGGGAGGACUACAACUCUGGAUCAGAUUAUUCGCGAUCUCAGACUAGUAGCGCUGGCCAUUCUCCGUGGUACGGUGAGAACUUCGCGUAUAACAACUCCAAUCUAGCGUUCAGGACCCGCGACGUUGUGCGAUCCAGUCACCCAACCAGUAAUACUAGCAUAUCGUCGACAGACGAAGCAAACACAUCGCAGUAUCCUGUGACGCCCUGGAGUACUUCAUGCCCGGAUGCCGGUCUCCACAGCCGUAUCCAGGACAGGUUCCACGUUCCACGCAGUGCUGGUGCCCAAGCACAGCGAGAGCACAACGAUCAGCUACUGAUCGAUGGAAAGAAGAGAGGAGAGACGUAUAAGGAGAUCAAGUCGAAGAUGGUCGGUGAGAAGCCUGCAGAGUCCACUCUGAGGGGCCGCUACCGAUCCUUGACCAAGGCGAGGAAGGAUCGCGUCCGAAAGCCCGUCUGGACAAUGAUUGAUCUACAGCUCCUGAAUGAGACCGUUCAGCAAGAGUUUGAUCGUAUCGAGAGCAACCUCCAGAAUCCGUACUCGCUAAGCUUUGAGCAAAAGAUCCUCAAAGUCGCUUGGAAGAAGGUCGCAGAGUUCAUCGCCGACAACGGCGGAUCGUAUCAUUUCGGCAACGCGACGUGCAAGAGGAAAUGGUUGGAGCGCAACCAAGCUCGCAAGUGA